AUGGCUAAGUACAAGCUUCGUUGGGGCCAGGUGUUUAGUCGCCGCGAAGAGGAACGGGCGCGGCGUGAGCCGUCACGUGAGCGCGGGCGAUCCUUGGAGCGCUCGCCGCGCAGGCCGGCUUUUUGCGCAGAUCGAGUGCCGGUUGCUAGGGACCAGCGGGCGGAAGGGAGGCCAAGAGUAGGAGCGUACGCCGUUAGCGCGGACAGAGACGCGGGGCAGAGAGAGCGGGAUCGCGGAGAUAGCGGGCAUGGGAGCGACGAGCGCCGCGCCGUGGGAGAAUUUCGCUCGCCGGAAGGACGCGGGCGCCGCCGCGAUGAGAGAGGCCGCUGGCGUGGCCUCGAGAGGUUCAACGCCGACCGAGCGAGGGAAGCCGCCCACGGGGAAGAACCGUGGGAGACUUCUAGUGAGGAGGAGGCGGAAGAGGCCGGUGCACACCUGGAGCGAGCGGCCGAAGACGCUGACGGAGGGGAUGACAAGGAGGAGCCCGUGACUGGGAUCGGAAACGCCGAGCCUGGAGCGGCAGAGGUCGUUGGGAGUGCAAGCCAAGUGGGAGGAUCGCAAUCGGGACGGCGGGAAUGGCGCGAGCGGGAUGCCAGCCAUCAGGAGGAGCAGAGCGCAGAGGGGCUUCGUCGACAGGAGCGGCGGGAGUGGGGCGUGCGCGUCGGUGCCACUAGUAGUGGGACGCAAGGAGAACGCAGCAGAAGUGACAUGGGCGGGCUGCGCGUAGCAAGGGAAGAACCGCGGCGGUGGGAGCGGCAGCCUGUCAACCCUCGCGCACUCGACGGGCGGCGGGCGCAGAAAGGCGGGUCACUACUGGCGGCGGGGAGAGGGACACGAGGAAGGGCCCAGUUCGGCGGAAAGGCGCGGCCAGCGGCAAGAGGAGCGAAGCAGGGUGGCGUGGAUAGCCGGCCCGCGGGAGCAGUGGGAGAGGAGGACGGGCAGGGAAUUUCGCUCGCCGCUCGGCAAGCGGCAGCGGGGAAGGGAAGAUGGCGGAGACGCACGCGUGUUCGUGGAUUGGCGGCGGCAGGAGAGGGGCGCAGCUUGGUCGCCAUCGCCAGAGAGGUGGCGGCAGCAGGAGACAAGCGCGGCAUGAUGGGGGGGGUGCUCGAGUCUCGCCCGCACGAAUGCGAGGACGCACGGAUGAGGAGAGGGGCAGAAGGGAAGCUUACGGGGAUGCGGGCUGGAGCCGGUGAUGGCGAGAGAGUAGAGCGGGUGGAGGAAGCUUAG